CCUUACCUUCCUUCAAUCUUAUUCUAUUACACCUACAAUAAACCCUUUUUCCUCUUCCUUAAACCUCUCGGAGACAAUUACCCCCUUCUCCGUUGGUCAAAACCCCUGUUUCUUUUCAGCUUUAACUUUCGAAUCACGCACGAGGUUUCACCUCCGAUCGCAGCCAUGUUUGACCUUUUUCCUAUGCUCUUAUCGUAAGCUUCAGCCCUAUACCUCUUCGUCAUGAGGCGUCAUUCUUGCAAUUGCGAUAACCACUUCAAUCACUUCGCAACGCCAAUGGAUCUGAUUUACUGACUAUUCGCUUGUUCUGCAAAGUUCUGUCGCCUGUUAUCUGUUUCCUAUCUUCGCAUCUUACAAAGCGCUCAAGACACAUGAUCCCACCCAACUGACGCCAUGGCUGAUGUACUGGGUCGUGCUCAGUUGUUGUCUUCUCGCUGAGUCUUGGGUUUGGUUUAUUGUCUCAUGGUAUGUCUAAAACUCAUAUCGGACAUCUUCUCUACUGACACCAGCAGGAUCCCUCUUUACGGUUACUUCCGUUUACUAUUCCUCCUCUACCUCAUCCUCCCACAGACACAGGGCGCUCGACGUCUAUACGAGGAAUACGUCCAUCCUUAUCUUGAAAAGAACGAGACGCAGAUUGACGACUUCAUCGCAAGCGCACAUGAGCGCUUGACUGCUGCCGGAAUAUCUUACCUCAAGCUCGCUAUCGAGCAGUUCAAGGUCAAGGUCCUCGGUCUUCCACCAUCCGAACCCGAGUCGCCUCCCCCCGAGCCUGCGCAAGGUUAUACGCAGUCGCUUCUGUCACGAUUCAACGUCCCUGCUGCGCGAUGGGCUGGUAACAACAGCACCGGGACCGACUUUUACAGCCUGCUCUCCAGCGCCGUGGCAGCUGCUACGAACGCAGGUGGACAGUCGGCUGGUACGAGAACGGUUGGAGGUGAGGCCACAAACUCGGGCGCAUUGAUCCCACCGCAUCUUCGCGAGUCUGGUGCUAGAAUGGACUUCAUCUCGGCUCAGCGCGAUCGCUUAAAUGUCCUGAUCUCGGCACUUGAUCGGGAGGCCCAGGAUCUUCGUACCGAAGCCCAGCGUGCCCAGACAAGCACAGGCACUCGCCGCGAUCCGAUGGCCUACGGAGGUUAUGAUAACAACGAGGGAGAUGAACCCACCCAGCGACCACCUAGUGGACUAAGCGCAUGGAGUGGUAUUAGCAAGAGUCGCAGUGAAACCGACUUUGAGAGGAUCGACGCGGAAACUAGUUCGGAUGAAGACCAUCGUCAGGUGCGCCGAAGAAACCAGGGAGCCGGCACUAGAAAUGCAUCAGGCUCAUGGGUUCCUUGGGGAUGGGGCGGUGAUGCCACAUCGGGAGGCGGAGCGAGCGCCUCCGGAAGGGAAAGAUAGAAGCUCCAUUCUGGGAAGUGGGUUUUGAAUGAUCAUGGGUCUUGCUAGAUAGAUAUGGUGUUUUUUGACAGGGGCCCGUUGAUAUUCGAAGCGAUAACUGCUCCAGUGUAUAUCUAUAAAUGGGAAUUGGUGUACAUG